UCUCAAUCCGAGGUGAGUUCUCGGUUCUCAGUUCUCGGUAGCCUCUGUCUCUCUUUCCCACUCAAUAACUUCUCCUUGUGAUUUGCUAUAGUUUCUCAUCGUUUGAUUCUUAGUACCUAUAACUGCUUCGGUGAUAUAAAUAUCAGGUGCAAAGUUGCAAAUCAUGAAUGCGUUCAAGGCGUUCAAAGCCCAAGUCCCAAUUGCAUGGAGUCCUAACUUAUACAUAACCUUGGUGAGGGGCAUUCCAGGAACUAGGAGACUUCACAGACGUACCUUAGAGGCAUUGCGUCUUCACAAAUGCAACCGUACCGUCAUGCGAUGGAAUACUCCCACUGUUAGGGGAAUGCUUCAACAGGUAAAGAGAUUAGUUGUGAUUGAGACAGAAGAGAUGUACAAGGCCCGCAAACAAAAUGAAGCAAACCAUCAAGCUCUAGGUGCCCCAUUGGUUGUGAACCACUCACCUGCGUACACAAGCAAUUCUUCCUAGAGCAUGCAUCUGUUUUAUAUUGUUCUUUAGAGUUCAGCUUCUGUUUCUUUAGUGUUCUACUGUUGCUUAUGUGAUCUUUUUUUUUUCUUUUUUUGUAGUGUAUUUUCUGAAGUACAGCUGAUUUAAUGAACUGAAUUUUAAAAGUUUUUUUUAGUUCACAUAAAGGAUACAGUUCUAUAUGAACUUUUUGGCGUGGUCAUUCCAAAUAUAUUUUGGAAGUUCUCAAGUAGCAAUAUUAGAAUCGUAAUAGACAAUUUGUGCUGGUAUAGAGAAUUCUGUUUUGAUAAACGAUUGGUAUUUGGAUAUACAGGUCUGAAAAUUGCUUCUUUAAA